GCCGGCAGCGGCGGCGCCGCCGGCAAGGCCGACGUGGGCGCUGGCGGCCUGGCCUCGGCGGGGAUGAUGUCGGGCAGCGUGGGCGCCGACGGGGACCUCGCGGGCGAGGUGGACUGGGCCCGGGUCGGCAUUCUCAACGCCGACAGCGAGGAGGCUCCAGAGGCACUCCGAGGCGGCAAGCUGGUGACCUCGGAGGAGGAUGCCAGCGCCGAGGUCCUGAUCUACUUUUGGUUCAAGUCGAACGUGAAGCUGCAGGCCAUCCACGUGUCGUCCCCCAGCGCGGCGAGGGCGCCCUCGCGCGCGCGGCUCUUCGCGAACGAGACCAACCUGGACAUGAACGACGCGGCCGGCGGGGCGCCCCCCACGAAGGACUUCGAGAAGAUCGAGUGGGGCAGCCCCGGACCAGACGGCUCCGUCGCCGCGAGGCUCGAGGUGAACUUCCUCAAGUUCCAGAACCUGGGGUCCCUGACCGUGCACCUGUGCCGCGAGGACGACGACGGGCUGCCCGAGGAGGGCGGCGAGCCGGUCGCGGUGCACGGCUUCCGGCUGGUCGGCAAGGCAUGAGGACGCGAGCGCCCGUGGGCGCGCCCGAGACCCCGAGCUCGCAGAGGUGCGUCGGGGAA